AUUUGCAGAAUUCAAAUGAUCUUAUUUCAUAAAAAAUAAUGAAGUUGAUGAUGAAAACAAAAAAUUUCCCAGUAUCUAUAUUGGAAGGAUGUAUGAAAAUUUGCGAUAAUGAAAAACUACCUAUUUACACGUAUAAGCGGAUAAAAAGUUUUAAAAUACCAUGUAAAGUAGUUGGCCUUGACACAGGAAUUAUAGACAAUUUAUCUAUGAUUUUAUCUAAACACAAUCCAUUUACCGGAGUCAUAAAUUUUCACUUGCAGAGAUUUAUCAACAAUGGUAUGGUACAGCGUUUAAAAGAUAGAACAUUUCAAAAGACAUUCAAUGAUAUGCCGAACUAUCUUCAACCAGUUUCCUUAACAAGCAUAAUGUCUCUUAUUUUCUUCAUUCAAAUUGGAAUCAUUUCGAGUGUUUUUAUUCUAAUUAUAGAAAAUAAUAUUCCACAAUGA